GCGCUUUGCGACUUACAGUCUGGCAAAAUCUGCACUCCUUUCUGGAACGAUGAGUGUUAUUCGUGCGUGUGUGGUGUUAGGGUUAUUGGCUGUUGCCUCUAGCCAGCCAGUAAACAAUCUCCCGGUCCUGAAGGAGGCGCCUCAGGAGGUCCUAUUCAGAGAGGGAACGCCUUUUGCUGUAGAAUGUGUUACUGCCAGCGGAGACGGAAAAUUGUUCAAAUACAAAUGGACCAAAAACGGGCAACCACUUAACCUGAAAGAUAACGCCAACAUUGUCCAGCGUCAGAACGAAGGUACCCUGGUCUUCCUGCGACCUUCCAUCUCCGACGAAGGUGCUUACCAGUGCUUGGGUGAGAGCCAAUACGGAACAGCAUCCACCAGGGUCAUUCAAAUUCGCAGGACGUAUUUGGAAGCCCAGAAAUAUGAAGUCCAGAAACACACUCCGAUCGAAGGCAGAACUUUUAAGCUGGACUGUCCAGCUCCCAAAGCUUACCCCAAGCCAGACAUAGAAUGGAGGAGUCUGCAGGCUGCCGACCCCAUCGUGUCAGGGGAAAUUCAAGACGCGAGGAUCACUGUAGGGCCCGAUGGAGCCCUGUACUUCGCCAACGUUACUGAAGAUGAUGCGAGCGAGCGUUUCAAAUACGUCUGCCUAGCGUCUUCACCAGCCGUGGACAAACCCGUGGUUCUAGCCGAACACUUCAUCAGCUCCCUGAAGAAGGACACCAAGCCCCAGGACCACGAGGUGGUGCUGCAGUACGCUAGUCCAGACACCACGGCCAGGGUCGGAGAUAUGAUCUUCUUGUACUGUAUUUAUGGUGGCAACCCCCUAGCCCACCCGGACUGGUUCAAAGACGGGAAGGACGUAAACAACGAGCCGGGAGCGCGCAUCACCAGGUACAACAGGAGCGUGGGCAAGCGGCUGCUGAUCAGGGGAGUGCUGCCUGAGGACGAGGGCGUCUACAGGUGCGCGGUGGACAACGAGGUCGGGAAAAAACAGGAGCACACCAUGAAGUUGACUGUCGUUGGUGCUCCAAAGUUUACCAAAAAACCAGAGAAAAUCACUACUGUUAAACAGGGUGACGACAUCACCAUACCUUGCGAGGUUUCCGGGUUGCCAGCGCCCAAACUAACAUACACUUACAGCGCCGAGCCGCUGAAGAGCGCCAGGGUGACAGCGGCCAAUGGAUUCUCCAUUAAGAAAAUUGAGAAAACCGACUCAGGUUACUACGGCUGUAACGCCACCAAUGAAUACGGAAGUGCGUAUUAUGAAACUCUUGUUAAUGUUGUUUAAAAUCAAUUAGAUUUCAUGCUGCCGC